AUGGAGCGGCGGCGACGGGGCCGCACUCGGCACCCGCGGUGGUGCCGGUGGUGUGGACCCCGUCGGAACCACAAGUGGCGGCGGCGAAGAAGCCGAGACGUCAUCCGCAGCGCCGUGGCAGGGCGUGUGGGCGGCGCUGAAGGGCAUACAGCGGGACGUCCACAGAAGAAGUUACAGCCGAUCUUCAAGAAGAGAAGUAAGAAGCCGCAGCCGCCCGUCAAGAAGACGUUCGAGGAGCCACAGUCGAUCACCAAGAAGACAAGCAAGAAGCCGCAGUCGGUCAGUGCGGCGACGAUCGCGAAGCGCGGAUCCGGGCCGUGA